CGGGAAGGACCUAAAGAUUUUUAUAUUUUCUCUUAAAAUCCUUUUUUUUCUUUCUCUAACUAAAAGCGAAACAGUAUUAAACCGGACUCGAGUUAAUAGUUAGUAUCUAUUCAUCGAUUAGGGUGUCGAGAAAGCUUCAAACCCCAAAGGCUUUUUCGGACUCGUCUUCUCUCUUUUCCUGAUCGUUCUCUUCAUCGAGCUCUAAUGGCUGGACAAACAUGGCUUGUAGAUAAACACCGUCUUGCAACCAAAGUUUUGAGUGGACCAGACCCUAACCGAACUGUUUGGAACACCAAUCCUACAAGACUCUGUCCCAACUGUCGUCACGUCAUUGACAACAACGAUGAAGUUGAUGACUGGCCAGGUUUGCCACGAGGUGUGAAAUUCGAUCCAACUGAUCCAGAGAUCAUAUGGCAUUUGCUUUCAAAAUCUGGUUCAUUGGGUUUAACUCCCCAUCCUUUCAUUGACGAGUUCAUCCCAACCAUUGAUCAAGACGAUGGAAUCUGUUACACACAUCCUAAGAACUUACCAGGUGUUAAGCAUGAUGGGACCAUGUCACACUUCUUCCAUAGAGCAAUCAAAGCUUACAGCACGGGAACUAGGAAGCGUAGAAAGAUUCACGACGAUGAUCUUGGCGAUGUGCGCUGGCACAAGACUGGAAAAACCAAAACUGUUGUGUUGGAUGGUGUUCAUAGAGGUUGCAAGAAGAUAAUGGUUUUAUACGAAGGGAAAGCUGUGAAAACGAAUUGGGUGAUGCAUCAGUAUCAUUUGGGAACGGACGAAGAUGAGAAGGAAGGUGAGUAUGUAGUUUCUAAGAUAUUCUAUCAGCAGCCACAGCAGCAAGGAGUUCUCAAAAAAGGUGGUGAGAAAGCUGAAGAGGAAGUCUCUGAAGAUAUCUUUGCUGCUGCUACAACUCCUAAAGCUGAUCCUGUUACUCCGAGAUUGUUUACACCUGACCCUAGUAGACAAGCUGUGCGGCUUUGCUCAGAUUCUCACUUUGCAAAUGACUAUGCCACACCUCAUGAUGACUAUGCAACUGCACAUGAGGUUUCUCUUACUGAGACAUCCGAGGCAAUGUAUAUGGAAAAUGAGGUUCAAGAGGCUCACCGUGAUCAUGAAAGACCAAGUUCCGAGGAUGAUCAUGCGCCUGCGACAGGGAUUGAAAACCGAGAAAAUGAGAUAAUGAGAAAUGAUAAAGAAGAAGAAGAGAACGAUGAAGAAGACAGAGAGACUAAUAAAGAAGGUGAAGAAAACGAAGCUGAGGAAGAACAGAAUUGGUUGGACAGUGGUGGAUCUCAAUUUAUAUUGAACUCCCAACAGCUUGUGGAAGCCUUGUCUCUUUGCGAUGAUCUCUUGCAGGUGGGUUCACAGGACACAAACAAUGGAGGAGGUUUGAGGAAUAAGCAGCCAUGUUUUGGUGAUUACGCACACUUAGGAACAGAUGACUUUAAACGUGAUCUGGAGGAUUGUCAGAAACUGGUUCUUGAUCCUUCAAACAUAGAUCUUGAUACUCCACCUGAGUUCCGUUUGAGUCAGCUGGAGUUUGGAUCACAGGAGAGCUUCCUCGCUUGGGGAACUGGAAAGAUUGACUGACAAAACAGAACUCCCGCGAGAUAUGGAACUCACUGAAUUUUUUUUGGUUGGCAAAACGGUGCUGUAUGAUAUUUUCCUUAUGCGCCUCAAGUGUUUGAGUUCAUAUUGUUUUUCGUUUUCGGAGUUGGAACAACUACUUUUGAACUUGUCACUGAUACUUACAGUUACAGUGGUUGUCCUUUUGUAAAUGUCUCUGAUAUUUUCCUUAUGCGCCUCA